CAAUUAAUCAAUUAACUGGUCCAAUUCCAAGUUCACUCUUUCAACUUGUGAGUCUAAAAGGCCUUGAUCUUUCUUCUAAUAGUUUAAGUGGUAUUAUAGAGUUUCACAUGUUUUCAAAGCUCAAAAACCUUUGGUACCUUUCUCUUUCUCAUAACAAUUUGUUUGUGACCACUACCGGAUUCAAUGUCAACUCAUCAUUCCUCAACUUGAAUCUUUGUAUUUAUCUGCUUGCAACAUUAGUAAAUUCCCAGGUUUCUUAAGAAGCCUAGAUCAUUUAUAUGAGCUAGAUCUUUCUGAAAAUAAAAUCCAUGGUCAUAUACCAAACUGGAUGUUGGAGAUUGGAAAGGAUACUCUGUUCUGGCUAAAUCUUUCCCACAACUCUCUCACAGGCAGCAUAUAGCUUCCAUGGAAAAAUCUCCAAUAUUUGGACCUUCAUUCUAACAUGCUCCAGGGAUUGUUUCCAAUUCCACAACCUUACUUGAGCUUAAUUUCACUAUCAAACAAUAAUUUGACUGGGGAGAUACCAGACUUGAUUUGUAGUAUGAGCUUCAUUGAGAUUUUAGAUCUAUCAAAUAACAGUUUAAGUGGUAACAUUCCAGAAUGCAUGGGAAAUUUUAAUAGUCUUCAUGUGUUAGAUCUGCGGAAGAAUAGAUUUAAUGGCUCUAUUCCAAGAACAUUUGCAAGGGGAAACAACUAUAGGACCCUUAACUUCAAUAACAAUGAAUUGAAAGGAUCAAUUCCACGGUCAUUGAUCAACUGUUCAAGGCUCGAAGUUCUUGAUCUUGGAAACAACAAGAUAAAUGACACGUUCCCAUAUUGGUUGGGAAAUCUUCCAGAGCUACAAGUGUUGGUUCUUCGUUCCAACAAAUUAUACGGUUCUAAUUGGGGUUGUUCUAAGAAGAAAAAUUGUUUUCCUAAGUUGAGAAUCUUUGAUCUCUCAAACAACACAAUUAGUGGUUCUUUGCCAACGAGGUAUUUCAAAAAUCUUAAUGCCAUGAUGGACUUUGGUGAAGCUGAGAGAAGGUUGCAAUACAUGGGUGAGAAUUAUUAUCAAGAUUCUGUGAUGGUAACUUGGAAAGGAUUUGAGUAUCAACUAGUGAAGAUUAUCACUAUUUUCACUACCAUUGAUUUUUCAAAUAACAAUUUUCAUGGAGAGAUUCCAGAAGUAAUUGGGAAGCUUCAUGCUCUUCGUCUUCUCAAUCUUUCUCAAAACAACCUAAUAGGUUGUAUCCCACCAUCUAUUGGGAAUAUGAGUGACUUGGAAUCCUUAGACCUUUCUUCAAAUAAGUUAGUUGGGAAAAUUCCUUGGCAAUUGACCAAAUUGAAUUUUCUUGGGUUUCUCAAUUUGUCAAAAAACCAUCUCAACGGGCCCAUACCUCGAGACAACCACUUUGAUACCUUUCCAAACAAUUCAUAUGAUGGGAAUUUGGCAUUAUGUGGAUUUCCAUUGUCAAACACAUGUGAAACUUAUGAGAAGACACCACAAUCACUCUCAAAAUCAAAUGAUGGAGAAUCUUCAAAUGGUUUUGGUUGGAAAGCAGUGUUGAUUGGCUACGGAUGUGGAAUGGUAUUAGGAGUUACGAUGGGAUAUCUUGUGUUCUCAACUGGAAAGCCUCUAUGGGUUAUAAGGAUUGUUGAAGGAAGGCAACCUAGGAAGGGAAGAAGGCUGAACAACAAACGUGGAAGAAGAAAUACUUAAUUGAUUCAAAAAGUUCUCAUGGGUGAGUAUUAGUGCAAACUAGCUUGUUGAUAAUAUGUAGUAUUUUUUUUUUCUCUUGCUUUGAAUCUUGUGUAUUUUUUUUCCAUAGAAACUGUCAAUCGCUAUGUAAUAAAUCCUUUAAUAAAAUGUUGAAGGGUGGACUCCGUUGUGUGGU